AUGGGGAGUUCAUGCGUGAACCUCUCCCGCGCCGUCCUCCCCGGCUUCGGCGCCGCCGCCGCCGCCAAGGGAGGAAGCCGACGCCGUGGCCUCCUUCUUCCGUUGAUGUCAUCGGGGCGGCGGCACGGCGGUGCCGCGGUGGUGGCGUGCUGUACUUCGUCGUCCUCCACUACUGCUGCCGGCUCAUCGUCAAGGCCGCCGUCGUCGUCCUUCCCGGCGCACGACGGGCUCGGUGGCGGCGAUCCGCCAGGAGCCGCCGGCGGGAUUGGUGUUGCCGAGUUUCUCGGCGGCAAGAACUUCCUCAUCACCGGCGGCACCGGUUUCCUGGCAAAAGUUCUUAUCGAGAAGAUCUUGAGGACAAAUCCUGACGUUGGCAAGAUAUACGUGCUCAUCAAGGCCAAGGACAGCGAAGCAGCGUUGAGGAGAUUGCAAAAUGAGGUCGUAGACACGGAGCUGUUCAAAUGCCUGCAGGAGAUCCACGGGGAAGGCUACGACAGCUUCAUCGCAACAAAGCUGGUCCCCGUCGUCGGCGACGUCAGGGAAGCCAACGUCGGCAUUGCGCCCGACCUCGCCGACGAGAUCGCCGACCAAGUGGACGUCAUCAUCAACUCGGCGGCCAACACCACGUUCGACGAGCGGUACGAUGUCGCCAUGGAAAUCAACACCGUGGGGCCGUUCCGGAUCAUGAGCUUCGCGCAGCAGUUCCGGCAGCUCAAGCUCUUCUUGCAAGUGUCUACAGCCUAUGUGAAUGGGCAGAGGCAAGGCCUGGUGCUGGAGAACCCGUUUCGCAUGGGAGACACCAUAGCCAAAGAGCUGGGUUCCUCAUCAGGUUCUGAAGAAGAAGGGGCAAAACUCCAUGGGUGGCAAGACACCUAUGUGUUCACCAAGGCCAUGGGAGAGAUGGUCAUCAACUCCAUGCGAGGAGAGAUACCAGUGGUCACCAUCAGGCCCAGCGUCAUCGAGAGCACCUGGAGGGACCCAUUCCCGGGCUGGAUGGAAGGGAACAGGAUGAUGGAUCCUGUGAUCCUCUACUACGGGAAAGGCCAGCUGAGCGGGUUCCUCGCCGACCCAGAUGGUGUUCUUGAUGUGGUCCCGGCGGACAUGGUGGUGAACGCGACGCUGGCGUCGAUGGCGAAGCACGGCGGCGGCGCGGCGUCGGGCCCCGGGAUGCACGUGUACCACGUGUCGUCGUCGACGGUGAAUCCGCUGGUGUUCGGCGACCUGAGCCGGUUCCUGUUCCACCACUUCACACGGUGCCCCUACAGCGACGCGGCGGGGCAGCCCAUUCUGGUGCCGCCCAUGCGCCUGUUCGACACCAUGGAGCAGUUCGCCAGCUACGUGGAGACGGACGCGCUGCUGCGGAGCGUCCGGGCGUCCUCGUCCUCGUCGCCGGCGCUGGCGCAGCGUGCGCGCGACCUGUGCGCCAGGUCCGUGGAGCAGACCGUCCACCUGGGCAGCAUCUACCAGCCCUACACCUUCUACGGCGGCCGCUUCGACAACGGCAACACGGAGGCGCUGUUCGCGGCCAUGUCGCCGGCGGAGAGGGCGCGGUUCCACUUCGACGUCCGGAGCGUCGACUGGAGGGACUACAUCACCAACGUCCACAUCCCGGGCCUCCGGAAGCACGUCAUGAAGGGCAGGGGCGUCGCCGCCAACCAGCUGCUCGCCAGCACCUCCGUGUGA